AUGGAAAAUCAAGGCUUAACGCUGCGGCGCCGAGACCUGCGAGAGAAGGACAAUGUGGACAAAGAAAAUGCACCAAUGCGAUCUUUGGGUGGUCGUAAGAUGGAGAGUUCAGCCUUGUCCAGCAACAAGCUUGGGUUAAAGACGCAACGGUCAGCACUUUUGGACAAGUGUAUGAAUAAACGCAAAAGGACAUUGACUGAAAAGUCCACCAAUCGUCAAAACGAUACCCAGCAAACCAACGAUGAUGUGAAAGCCUUCUUGGAUGACAACGCUGAACGAUAUAAAAGCAAAGAUCAAUCACAGCAACAACAACAACGACAACAACAGCAACAUAGACGACAACCACCUCUCCCUAUCUUGCCAAUCAUUGUUCCAGAUCAUAUUCGACAUUGUUUUGCUAGUGGAAAAUACGUACCUCCAGCAGAAACGACACCAUCAACGCCUUUCCAGGCCAAACCCAAACCAUCAGCAUCAUCAUCAGCAGCAGCAGCAGCACCUGUACCAACCAUAGACCGAUCACGAUUAUCGACGGAGGAUGAUAAGCAAGUGUGUGAUGCAGCAUUAGCCUAUGAAGUCAAACAAGAAACACGUGCGAGACAAGUGCGUCUGCGUGAGAACAAUGUCAUGGAUUGGACCGAUCCAUUGCUGGUGGCAGAAUAUGAAGAAGAUAUCUUUGACCAUUUACGCAAGAGUGAAAUUACCACAUUAGGGAGUCCAAUGUAUGCGAGCAAUGAUCCGUUAGAGAAUGAAAUCACUUGGAAGAUGCGUGGUGUCCUUAUCGAUUGGGUGGUCGAAGUUCAUUAUCUAUUUCAGUUGCUGCCAGAAACGCUUUUCCUCGCUGUGAAUAUCAUUGAUCGAUUCCUCACCAAACGAUCCGUGUCUGUGGGAAAGCUUCAACUCGUUGGUUUAGCAGCUCUCUUUAUCGCAACAAAGUUUGAAGAAGUGGCAGCACCUCGUAUUCGCGACUUUAUUUUCAUGACCGACGAUCAGAAUAUCAAGGAAGAAGAUCUCAUCAAAGCCGAACGUUUUGUAUUACAAGUGUUGGAUUACAAACUUUGCUUUUCAAAUCCUCUCAACUUUUUACGCCGAGCGUCAAAAACAGAAGAUUACGAUUUACACAGCCGAAUGCUCUCAAAAUACUUUAUGGAGAUAUCAUGUGUGGAUCAUCGUUUCAUUGCCAUCCCUCCUUCCAAGGUGGCUGCUGCUGCUUUAUGGUUAUCUCAACGCAUGCUCGCUAAUGGCUCAUGGACACCAGAAAUCGCAUAUCUUUCGGGUUAUACCACAUCUGAACUCAAGCCUAUCGUCAGAUUGAUGCUCGACUUCUUGUCACAACCUGUUGCUCAUGAUGCUUUCUUCCGUAAAUGGGGUUCCAGACAAUUGAUGAAGGCCAGUGUUUUCGUACGCAAUUGGGUCACUCAUUAUUAUAAAAAUAAGAGUAAGCGGCAACAAUAA